GUGUUGCCAUAGCAACUCAAACAGUAUCCAGUGAUGGCUGCCCAAAGCAUGUCAGAGCUCUAUAAAGCCGUGUGCGCUGAGAGAAAGAUAAAAGUGAAUCCGUACGUUUCGCAGUCAUUAAAGAAGACGCCGUUAACGGGGAAGUUCACCCUAAACCUUCCAGGAAAUGUCAGACAGGUUCAGAGACUCAGUGACGACGACGUCCUCGCUCUCUGUAAAUGUCUCCGACAUAACGAGUGUGUUACAGGUCUUGAUCUGAGGUACAACAACAUAACAAAUGAAGGACUUGAACACCUUGCUAAGCUCCUGCAAGAGGAGAAAUCAUCUCUGAGUUGUUUGGAUUUAAUGUUUAACGACAUCCAGGCCAAUGGAGCUCAAGUCCUCGCCAGCAGCCUGCAGGGUAACGGCACCCUGCUCUCUCUCAGGCUGUCAGGUAACAAGAUUGGGAGAGGAGGAGGUUUGGAAUUGGCCAGCAUGCUGCAGGAGAACUGCACGCUGCAGGAGCUGGAAGUGGCCGACUGCGACCUGGACAUCAGCAGUAUUAUAGCGCUCGUCAUCAUGCUGAAGAAAAACAAGGCUCUUUGCUCUGUCGAUAUCAGCCGCCCGCUGCUCUUCAGCCAUCAGGAGGAGUGGGCAGUGCACUGCUCUAAGAUGCUGGCAGUGAAUAGCAGCCUGAUGGAGCUCCACCUGGGGAGGAUGGGGAUGACCGACACUGGGAUAGAGCAGCUCGCUGAAGGCCUGGGGCGGAACCACAGCCUGCGCUACCUGGACCUGUGCAGCAACCGUGUGACCCGUGACGGUGCAUUUUAUCUCGCCAUGAUGCUGAAGCAGAACAGGGCCCUGGAGAUUUUAGAUCUGUCAUCCAAUCAGAUUGGAGAUGGUGGAGCUGGGUACCUGAGCAAAGCCAUCACCUGUCCGCGCUGCACCCUCAAAGAGCUGUCUGUGUGCAGAAACAACAUCACAUCAGAGGGUCUGCUGUUGUUGGCUCGGGCUGUGAAAUCCAGCUCGACUCUGACUCACAUCUACAUCUGGGGAAACCACCUGGAGGAGCCCGUAUGCCAGGCCUUCAAGGAGCUGAUAUCCAGCGGCCGGCUGCAUCCAGAACAGACAGAUGUAAGCCCCUAUGAGGUGGAUGGUCACGUGUACCUUGCUGAGGUCUUCCAGAGUUUGAGGAAACCAGUUUACAACAUCGACUGUAAUGGUACAGAUGUGCCUACAAAGACUGCUGCAAGCCCUGAUGCCACCGCACAUCAGGGACAACUAAAAGAUUAUUUAAACUGCAAAGAUUUAAGUUUGUGAAAGUCUUUUGUUUGUUCAUCACAAACACAAUUAAUGGCAAUCAUUUCUAAUAUUUUAAGACAUUGACUUCAACUAGACCUCCUGAAAUAAUUACAUAAACAGAGAUGCUCGUUGCAGAAGAGAAA